UCUGUGUAUAACAUGAAGCUGUCACACAGGGAGCUAGUCAGAUAGUGAGGACACAGAGGAAGCAAUGGCAUCACAAGACAGUGAAUCAACUCCAUUACUAAGGAAUAAAAAAAAUAAACAGAAAAACAUAAGAAAUACCUGGCUCUUUGUUGCAGCCUUUUCGGCUGUUUUGGGCAAUUUCAUUUUCGGAUAUGCCAUGGUACUUCCCUCCGCGGUGAUUCCACAGCUUCAACAGGAGAAAGAUCCAAAUUUGCACAUGGAUACUCAUAUUAUUUCCUGGUUUGGCUCUAUUUUUGCGAUUGGAGCUAUCGUAGGAGGGUUGAGCGCCAUGGUGAUGAAUGACAAAAUUGGAAGGAAACACAGCAUCAUGAUAUCUGUAAUUCCCUCCACGGCAGGGUUUCUCAUGAUGACGGCAGCGCAUGAAGUGUGGUUGCUUCUCCUGGGCAGAUUGCUCACAGGCAUCGCUGGUGGCAUUACAGCCAGUUCCAUUCCUGUCUACAUAUCAGAGGUUUCACAUCCAGGUGUCAGAGGAGCCCUGGGAUCUGGUCCACAGAUAAUGGCUGUCUUUGGAAGUCUGGCACUUUACCUUCUGGGCUUGGUUCUGCCAUGGCGGUGGCUGGCUGCCGCUGGGGAAGUUCCUGUUCUAAUUAUGCUGUUCCUCCUGUGCUUCAUGCCAAACUCCCCACGUUACCUUAUCACCAACCAAAAACGGGACGAGGCCUCCAGAGCCCUCAAGUGGCUCAGGGGCCCUGAUUCAAAUUACAUUACUGAACUGAAUCAAAUUGAGCGUAGUGUCAAUUCACAGGUUGGUCUACAGUGGUCAGAUCUUCGAAGUCCCUUCUUCUACAAACCAAUCUUGAUCUCUGUGUUCAUGAGAUUCCUCCAGCAGAUGGCGGGUAUUACACCCAUCUUGGUUUAUCUUCAGCCUAUUUUUGAGAAAACAGCCAUUUCACUGUCACCCAAGCUCGAUGCAGCACUAGUAGGAGUUGUUAGAUUGCUCUCUGUUGCAAUCGCAGCUGCUUUAAUGGACAAAGCUGGCAGGAAAGCUUUGCUUUACACAUCAGCAUUUAUAAUGUAUCUGGCCACACUGACAAUGACCUUAUACACCUACAAAACGCCGUGCCCUACUCUGAACUUUACUGCUGAGGUCCCGUCUACAGCAGAUACAUAUGGAGUCAUGGCAGGUCAGACCAUAAGCUCCAGCACAUUUAUCCCCCUCAUCAGCAUCAUGUUUAUUAUAUUUGGUUAUGCAAUGGGCUGGGGUCCGAUCACAUGGCUGCUGAUGUCUGAGAUCUUGCCAACAUCAGCACGCGGCAUUGCUUCAGGCCUGUGUGUGGGGGUCAGCUGGGCCACGGCUUUUGUGCUGAUACUUGUCUUCAUGCAUACAGUGGAUUUAUAUGGACUCUUCGCACCAUUUCUGUUCUUCAGCGUAAUCUGCGUGGUGAACAUCAUAUUCACAGCCAAGUGUGUGCCUGAAACAAAAGGGCGAACGCUGGAGGAAAUUGAGAACUAUUUCAGAACUGGACGCACCUUCACCAUUGCUGAGAGUUAGCCUUACUGCAGUCAGGGAAACUUGUAAAAGCACUUUCAUGUCUUUGAAUGAAGAAAAAUCUCUUAUAAAAGAUGGUGAAUUGAGUGGAUUACUGUAACUCAAA